AUGUUAAGAACAAUUCUAGUAUCAUCUUUGAUUUUUUGGGUUGGUUUGGAGGCUGCCGGUGUGUCGACAAGCGAUGUGGUUUCAAUUAAAUGCGGAGAAGUGAAAACAAACAAAUCUUGAAUAUAUUUUUUGAUUAGUUUUCAGAACAAAUUGUCUCCGAAAAAAUCUCUAAUCCAGUUUUACUCAUUCAACUCGGAAAUUUCAACAGGAGAAAUCAUUUUCACUGGAAAUGCCACCGUCAUAGUAUUCGAUGUUACGCUUUAUCGAGGAUUGGGUUCACCAUCUGAUAUAUAUAGAAAUUCCUCUCUAUGGUUGGAAUUCUUAACCCAGCAGGCUGCGCUUUGGGAUAUGCGCGAUGCCUGGCAUUUAACUCAUAAUAUCAAUACAUCCCCACUUCUUGUGAACAAAAUAAAUACCGUGAAAAUCAAGUGGGUUCAAAAAACUUUAAAAAAUCCUACAAAACUACACAUUUCUGCAGGAUUUUCGCAGAUCACUAUGAUAUAAUAAUAAACGGAAUUUUUUUCUAUCGUUAUCAGCGAGAGUACGAUUCUGGUGUGAAAAUCAAAGCGGCCGCGAUUCGUUAUAACUUCGAAACAAAUAAUAUUUAUUUGUGAGCUUUAGAGGAAUGUUUUGGUGUUGGAAAAUAAUCCCAAAAAUUUUCAGAAAUUGCACAAAUGUCAGCACAUAUGGGGAGAUAACGAAAUAA